ACUGAAUCAGUUGUUUAACAAAUCGUCUCUUCUUCUUCACUCCAAAUAUGCAAAUCCUUCAGCUCAAGCAGGCAAUCGUGCUCUCGCUGGCCGGCCUCGCUAUUGCGCAUCCUGGAGUUCAUGAACCUAGUUCUUUUACCGAGGUUUCCAAGCGAGCUUUCCUCAACAACGCCCACCGAAGUCUGAGUCAGUGUGCUGGACAACUCAAGAGAAAUGGCGUGCUUGAACGAGCUGCUUCUCGCCGCGCAGCCCUGUUUGAGACGUAUAAGAAGCGCUCCUUGGGUCUCCGCGAUACGGAGCAGGUGGUAAAUACCUCCCACCAUUCCUCCCUUCAGGUGACACCCAACACCCCGGAGUCAGAGCUUUUCUCGAAGGACCCUGUCUGCGUCCUAGCUCCGGAGGGUGAGGUCGGACCGUUCUGGGUGAAAGGCGAGCUUAUCCGCCAUGAUGUCUCCGACGGUGAACCAGGUGUUCCCCUCUUCAUGGACGGCCAAUUUAUCGACAUCAACACCUGCCAACCCAUCCAGGACCUCUACUGGGACGUUUGGAACUGCAAUGCAACCGGAGUUUACUCCGGAGUCCAGAGCAGCAUGAACGGCAACGGCAAUGACUCUUCCAACCUUGACAAGACCUUUCUCCGUGGCAUUCAAAAGACCGAUUCGGAUGGUGUUGCGGGCUUUAAGACAGUUUUCCCUGGACAUUACUCGGGUCGCGCAACUCACGUCCAUGUCAUCGCGCACGUGGGCGCUCAGGUCCUCACAAACAAUACGCUGACUGGAGGCCAUAUCCCUCACAUCGGCCAGCUCUUCUUCGACCAAGACUUGAUCUCACAGGUCGAGGCUACCUACCCUUACAACACCAACACCGUUUCCAUCACUGAGAAUGCCGAUGAUCAUGUGGUUCAGGUUGAGACGGAGGACAGCAACUCUGACCCCUUCUUCGAGUAUGCUUUGCUAGGUGACUCGAUCGCGGAUGGUGUUUUUGGUUGGAUCACACUUGGAGUUAAUGUGACUGCAAGCCAUGACACCAGUGCUACUUGGGCUGCCACCCUUACUUCCUCCGGCGGAGUUACCAACGACGAUUCUUCGAGUGGGGCUGAGAUAUCUAUUUGUCCGGAUGGAGGGCGCGUGAUACUUUUCUCGACGUCCCUGGGUGCAUUUAGCAUGGUCACUCCUAAUUAUCUGUUGUACACAGCCAGCAAAGGAGCCAUUGAGCAGAUGACGCGUGUAUUGGCGAAGGACCUCGGACAGCGCAAGAUUACAGUGAACACGAUUGCGCCCAGGCCGGUUGGGACGGAUGCAUACUUCGUCGGCAAGACGGAGCAGUUGGUCCAGAUGCAGACCGGAGAAAUUGCGAAUAUUGUUGCCUUUAUUGCGAGAGAUGAGAGUUUGUGGGUUAACGGGCAGACGGUGAGGAUCAAUGGGGGGAUGACGGUGGGAUAG